GGGUCAUGACGGACCCUGUAGCUUCACUCGCAGUAAACAAAAACGACUCAGCGUGGUGUUUGUUUUUAGCUAGUUAGCUAAGUUAGCUAAGUUAGCUGAUCUGCCUAUUUACGGUUUCGUCAAAGACCUUUAGCAACGAAAUAAUGUCCUGCUUUGAUACGGACAGAGUAUCAAACAUUCUAGGGAUUGCAGAGGAACCCUUAAUUCUUCGAUGUAGAAAAUGCAGAAGAUGUGUUGCAGAUUCAACAUGCCUUUCAGCAUCAAAAGAGCUCAAGAUUACAUGCAAUGUGUGGCAUGUAGAUGUGAACACCUUGCCAGAGUGGAUUCUGACAGUUGUUAAUAAGGCUCAAUGGACUGUUGGAAAACUGAACUGUCAAUACUGCGGCGCUCGGUUGGGAGCUUUCAAUUUCUUGAACUGUCCAAAAUGUCCUUGUGGACACGAUACAAGUGUUCACUUUAGCAAAAGCCGUGUCGAUGAGGGCAUUAAGCGUUUUGUCUACUUAAGCAGAGCAGGCAGAGCUGGAGGACAGGCAGAGGGAUUAGCGUGUCUGGGAAGGUGUUUAGGUAACCAGAAAAGGCUGGAAGGGUUAGAACUCAGAGGUGGCUUUAAUUCAAACCCAAACCCAAAUGAUGGUCUACAUCUAGUCACCCAGACACUGAACUCAGAGAUUGAUCCUGCAACUAUGCAGAUACAAGCAGCCUGUUUUGGUCAUGACCCCUCUGUCAUCUCACCCGAGAGCAUCCUUUCUUUGACCCACACCUCCCCUACAGAUGAGUGCAUAAAUGAGCCAGUGGCUGCUUUAGAGUUAAAUGAAGAACCUCAAAACCACAGGUCUGUUGAUACAAAUAAUGAAGGUCACAGAGACAUAGAGACAUUUGGUUAUCUGGAGGACACAGACAGUAGUGUCACUUUCGUCCCAUCACUGGAAACACAUACUCUAGACACAGUAGCACAGCAUGAGCAAGAGGGUCUUGAAGUGACAGAGGAGGUUUUGUCCCAUGCUACCUCCAGAACUGUGCAGUUGACCAAGAGGAAGAAGAAUUGCUUUAAAAGCCUAAGGAGAAAACAGAGAAAGAGAGAGCGCUGGCUUCAGAGUCAACUAGAGGACAAGGAACUGUGUGUGAAGAACAAUUUGAUGAGCAGCGAUGAAGAGAAAGAGGGCUACACUUGUGCUGUGUGUCUGGAUGUGUACUACAACCCUUACAUGUGCCAGCCCUGUAGUCAUGUGUUCUGUGAGCCCUGCCUGAGGAUGCUGGCAAGGAACCGACCCAGCAACACCCCUUGCCCCCUCUGUAGAACUCUCAUAUCCCAGGUGCUUUUCCAAACAGAGCUCCAUCAGUCCAUUAGGUCAAACUUCCAGAAAGAAUACCUGUCAAGAAAAGAGGUUUUCCAAAAGAACAACUAUUCCAAAUGGCCUCUGCCCAACUGCCCAAAGCGGUUCCACAUGUUAUGGGGAUUCCACAGACAAGGUGCCUCUCGGAGGCACAGGGCAUUUGGACUUGAUGGGCUGGAUCUGGGAGAAAUGCAGGGCUGGCCUUUUAACUCUGAUGUGAUGGUCAUCAUCAUGUAUUCAUUUCAUUGGGUGUUGGCUUUAAUCACCUUUUGUGGCCUUUGCUAUUUCUUUCUGUUCUGAUGUUUUGUGAUUUGUUGUAUUCAAGGUAGACAAUCUAGAGCUUUUGACAGCAGUCAUCUUUUUGAAAGAGAGAGAGAGAGAGAGAGAGAGAGAGAGAAUGAGAAUGAGAAUGUGGGUUUGUGCUAGUACAUGGCACACUUUAACCUGACAAACAAAUAUACCUUCACCAGAGAAAAUGACAACAAUCAAAGGCAGAGGAUGGCUACAUUUCAAGGAACUAAUAUUUUAAUAAGGUUAUUUAAGUUUAUUUGUCAUGUCAUUUGUAUCUUGUCCUUUAUGGCAUUUAAAGCUGUUCGCCUGAAAUUGGUUUUGUGUUUGCUAUUGGUUCCAAGUUUGGCAAUUUUCUUUGAAAAAGUAAAUGAUGUUUUAAUGAAACACUUGUCCUCCCAUAAAAAAUCUUCAAGCUUU